UGCCUCCUGGCACUCAGGUUGCAAAUUUCCUGAAAUUAGUGUGAGUGUGGGGUGUGGGGUAGGGUAAGAAACAGGGAAGAAACUCUCUGAGGAUGAUAGCCCUCAAAUGCUCAAGAGUGUUCUCCCUCAUGGCAUUGACUGGCAUCAGGGGAGGGGAAGUUGAUGACAACUUAGGGCCCCCUAUUCCUAGACUAAAGGAAGCUUAACUCUGUCCAGCUCCUUUACCCUUUCAGGGCAUAGGGUAUGCCCUCAAAAGGGAGCUUAGAAUUUUUCUUCCUCCUACCCCACCUCCCCGAGAAGCAUAGGAGACAGCAGCGGAGGCAGGAUGCCUAGGGAUGAGGGCUGCCCCUUCAGUUCCAGCAGUUCCAGAACCACAGGAAAGACAGCCUUCACCCGGAGCCUCCCCCUACCCAAUCCUCCAAUCCUCCGCUGGAGAGGCUCCCUCGGUUCUGCUUGCCGGGCUACGUAACAAUGACAGCUGCAGGAGCCAGCUCCACAGCCGGCCACCGAAAGGACCUGGAGCGAAACGCGCUAUUAAGCCCAGAAUGGCAGUGGAGUCGGAUGCUAGAAGCCAGAUCUGUGGGCAGACAGGUGGACUCUUGCUCUCCGGAAUCCUAAUCACACUCCCUUCCUGCUGUUGGCUUCAGCAAGGAGAGAAAAUGCUAGUGCCAUGGGUCCAGCGUGAAAUCUCCGAUUCCUCAAAGCAAGGCGCCUCCAGUCCCUCCCAUCCCCCAGCCCACCUCAGCCCGAGCCCCAGCCUCCAGCCGGCGCGAGUGUUGGCUGCGAUAAGCAGAGUGACAUCCAUUAAAGCCGAGGCACAACACAGACCGAGUGGGGAGAAAAAACGGCCUGAUGUCCGGGAGACAACAUGUCACGGAUGAAAUUCCACUGACAGGAGAUCGGUUGGAAAGCAAAACCCAAACAAUAAUACGCGAGGCGUAAAGAACUAUUUCCACCGGAUAAAGCGCUUUCAUUUUAAACAUCAUCGCAUCUUAACCUCAAAACAACCCUUUGAAACAGACAGGUGGAGUGUUGAUCUAAGACUCAUUUGACAAAGAAAAACAUUGCAGCUCGGAGAGGGAUUUGCCACCUGCUGACAGUUAUCUCGGGAGAAAGGAGAGAGAUGUUCUGUCUUCCCGCCCUGGAAAACCUUUUUGCUUCCUCCAGUUGCGUACCUCUUGCCACUCAGGAUGUUGCUCAACACCCGCUCCCCACCCUUUUUUGUCUCUGAGAUGUAAUUAAGUGUAGGAAAUGUC